AUGGCUGGUAACAAUAUAAUCAAUAUAACCGCCUACUACAUCACAUCAGACUCUAAAAGAUACAUUGCUCUUCCAACAGUUCGGAAGGCAGUGUGGCACCCGAAUUGUUCAUUACCGAAAAUACCUAGGCAGUCCACCAUCAUCGUCCAAAACUCUUCAACUUUCUCGUUAGCCAACGACUUUUAUUCAGAGCAAUCAAGAAUUGGUUCUCGCCGAGGCGCCGACCAGCCAGCCGACGGGAGUCGGAGUCCCAUCAGAGCUGAAUCAGCCAUCGACAAAGAUGUUGACUUGAGGGAGCCGCGGUCAGCGCAGACACCGUCAGCUACCAGCUGGGAUUCUAAGGGUUCGACGAGCGUAGCCAUUAAAGGAAGAGACGGGGAUUCGUCAAAGGGAGACGAGCCGGUCUCUUCAGGCGCGGACUAUGCUAUCGUGGAUCAAGAGUCGUUCGCAUUGUCGGGCACGGGGUGUCAGACAGGACGAUCUUCCCUGAUCCUAGAGGAGAAGGCAGCCAACCCCUUGGCGCAGCACUGGGCUUUAGCUAACCACGACAAGAUGCCUGAGAAAGAGGUCGCCUAUCAUCAGGAAGCGUUCUCCUUGCUACCGCCGCCGCCACCCCCUCAUCAUCCCCAUUCGGCGUUUCACGCGGCUUUCCACCCGCACCCGCAUCCGCCGCCGCCACCGCCGUUUCAUCCACAUCACGGACCACCACCCCCGCCGCAUCCGGCGGCCGCGGCUGCUGCCGCAUGGGAGCAUCACGCGGCUGCUGCCGCUGCGGCCGCCGCCGCUGCCUUCCACGCACCGCCGCCUCAUCCAUUGUCAAGCAGCACAACGGCGAUCGGCAGUGCGGCCACCGGUGGCGGUGGCGGAGCGAACGGCGGCGGUGGAGGCGGCGGUGGCAGCGGUGGCGGCGGGGCUGCCGGCAACGGGACUUCCGGCGGCGAUUUCCUCCGCAGAAGUCACCCUCUCUCGGAGCAUACGGCCCUGCACCCCGCCUACCGGCUCAACUACAUGGACCACCUUUACCACCAGCUCCAGGCCUCCACGCACAGUCCCAACGCCUCGUUACACGGACUGGGUGGUUUGGGGCCCGAGUACCUUCUGCACGCUGCGGGACCGGCAAGCACGCUCGCCUCCACGGAGUUCCCCUUCUCCAUUGACGUAUCGGCGUCAUCGAGGCUAGGAAGUCCGCGUGCCUCGACUAUCCGAGCAAGCCGGAAACGUGCACUAAGUAGUUCGCCGUACUCUGACCGCUUCGACAUCGACAGCAUGAUCAGAUUCAGCCCGAACAGCUUAGCCUCGAUCGUGAAUGGAUCCCGAAGCAGCAGCGCGAGUGGCAGUUACGGUCAUCUUUCUGCCGCAAUGAGUCCAACUCUGGGAAUGCACCCUGGAAUGGCGCCGCACUUGCAGCAGCUCCAAGCCCAUCUCCUCAGGAGCGCUGCCGCCGCAGCGUUACUACCCCAUACUCACCCUCUGCAACCACCAGCACCUCCACCACCACCCCCUCAUCCACACCCUCAUGCCCAUGGAUUAUCACCCCAUUCUCAGUUGUACCCCGGCGUGCCUCCUCAUUCCACAGCUUCUGCAACUUUGGGACCACAUGGAGGUCUGCCACCAAAAUCUGAGAGUACUGAAUCGUGCAGAAAAGCUUCUGAAUCAUCAGCCAGGUCGGUGACAGCGGAAGCAGACACGUCCUCGAGGAGAGCCUCUGCCAAGGUGAAGAGGGAGCCUGUGACCACUACCACGAACACGACGACCACGACUGCGCCACCAACUCAUCCUCAGGGACUCAGUCCUAGCGAAGAUCUUCGGGAUGAACCUGGUGACUUCAUUGAAACUAAUUGUCAUUGGCGAGACUGUGGUCUCGAAUUUCCAACUCAGGAUGAUCUGGUGAAACAUAUCAAUAAUGACCAUAUCCACGCAAAUAAGAAAAGCUUCGUCUGCGGUUGGGAAGAAUGCUCGAGGGAAGAAAAGCCAUUUAAAGCUCAGUACAUGCUGGUCGUGCAUAUGAGAAGACACACCGGAGAAAAGCCGCACAAGUGUACCUUUGAGGGUUGCUUCAAAGCCUACUCGCGACUAGAGAACCUGAAAACGCAUCUGAGAUCUCAUACCGGAGAAAAGCCGUACACCUGCGAAUAUCCCGGUUGCAGCAAGGCGUUCAGCAAUGCCAGCGAUCGCGCGAAACAUCAGAAUAGGACUCACUCCAACGAGAAACCUUACGUUUGCAAGGCGCCAGGCUGCACCAAGAGGUACACCGAUCCGUCAUCCUUGAGGAAACACGUGAAAACGGUGCACGGCGCAGAAUUCUACGCUAACAAGAAGCACAAAGGCGGUGGCGGCGAUGGCGGAGGAAGCGACGAAGCUGGCGCAGGUGGCAACAGUCCCAGUAGAAGCGAGGAUCUUCAUCCUAAGACGCCGAGUUUGUCGAGUCCCAGCGUGAAAUCUGAAAGCGAAGCGAAUAGUCCACCCAGCAUGAUGCAACAACAAGGUAGCCCGUUGAUGGGUGGCUGCAACGACGAGGUUGCAGGUGCUAGUGCCUUAACCGGUGAAGGAGUUACGCUCGCCGAGGAACCUUGGAACGAAGAACCUGAUGACUUGGACAUUGCCGAUCUCCCGGUUGCUAUUCGUGCUAUGGUCGGUGGAAUGGAGUCACAACAGCAGCAACAAGCCCCAGCACCAGCGUCGAGGAACCGUCUAAAAGGAAGACUACAAGUGAAGGGUAUGCCUAGCCUACCCGUCGUGUCCGGAUUGAGAGGAACACGUGGCGUGGUUCCUCAGGGUAACAUCGGUGACCUGAACAGAAGGAUCACCGACCUGAAGAUGGAAGGCGGUGGUUCUGCCCGUCAGACGAACCUGUCGGAUCUCCAACUUAGGUUACAGCCUUUGAACGAGCCAAGAAGAGACAGCAACACCACCGUGAGCACAUACUAUGGCAGCAUGAAGUCGACGGACUUCGGUAGUAGAAGAAGCAGUCAGGCCAGCGGCGUUAGCGCCGUUAGAAUGGCCCACGUGGGGCCGGGAAGUUUCUACGAUCCCAUCAGCCCCGGCACGUCUAGAAGAAGCAGUCAAUUAAGCACCGCUUCUGGCAGAAUGAAUCCUCCUAGCCACCUCCAAGGACCGUACUCGACAAGCAAUCUUGUUGUCCAGACGCAGAACAUGUCCCUUCAGGGCUUGCACGGAGUACCCGGCGAAUGGUCUGGUCCAGCCAACCACUGUACCCAACCUUCUGGCGACCGUCGCAUGUCUGAGCCAGCUAGGGGUCAACAAACUCAAAGAAACUCGCCAGUUGUGCCACCUAGGCCUAGAUCAGCCCAGUUUCCCGAGCGUCAUCCUAAUCAAGAAGUGAUUCUAGAUGAAGUCGGGGAAGGAGAAAUGGUGGAAAACAAGCUAGUUAUUCCGGAUGAGAUGAUGCAAUAUUUGACGCAGGUACAAGUAGGUGGAAGUCAGGUUAGCUACCGCGGCAGUCCCCUUCCAAUUUGCCAAUCUCCAGUCUGCAGUAAUCCUAUGCACUGUCAGCGCCAAGUGCAACCCACCUGCAACUACAAUCAGUCCCACCAGCAGCACUGCUACGCCCAGCAAUCAUCUUCCCAAUCGACUUGCACGAAUUACCAGAAUACCUCUCCAUCUCCAUACAACCAAUGUCCCAGCUCUAGAUCUGCCCAAUCUAAUUCGCAAUACUGUCCUGCUCCUAGCUACCCGUCACAACCGAAUGGCCAAGUGCUCAGUCCAGCAGCAGGGCAAGUUAUGUCACCUGGAUCUCAUUAUGCUCCCAGUCACAUCAGCGAUCAGCCUUUAACAUCCCCAGCGGCGGGCGCUUUGGCACCUCAACACGCGCCUCAAAAUCUCCCUCAGAAUUCUGCUCAAAUGACCAGAAACUGCCCUCAGAACCACAUGCAUCACGGCUACUACCCUGGCUACGGUUGCCAGGGUCAGGUGAACGCGAAUUGCACCGGAAACCCCAACGGCCACAUGAACCAUCACACGAAUCAAUCGUGCGUUCCUCCAAAUCACGGGAGCGUCACUCAGCAACAAUGCGGCCAGAUCCGACCUGCUGCGAAUUGUCCACAAAUGACGAUGCACUGCAACCAGCAACCAGUCAUACACAACCAGGCUAACGUGAGCCAUCCAAACUCGCAAUGCGGACAGAACAGUCAAUGCACCAGACCGAUGAUGACACCAAAUGGUCAGGUGUCGAACAUUCACUCGAACCCGCAAACCCAAGUUCCAAAUCAGUGUCCACAAAUGGCGUCUCCCUGCUCCCAGCUGAACAUCAACAAUCAAACGAAGCAAGUGGCGAACAUGACUGGUCUCCAAGGUUGCCCACAGCAAACUCCACCGCAGCCAGUGUCCCCUUGCAUGCAAAUGAACAAUUGCUCCCAUUCGAACGGAGCCCAUCGGUCAAACGUGGACAACACCUUGCUUAAGAGAAUGUCCCCGCAGCUGUGCACCGGUCAGCAGAACAACUGCAGGAUGCAGCAACAGACCUGCAACUGCCAGGCUCGCACGAACACGCCUAACCAUCAACAGUACACUUGCAGUUGCCAGUGGAAUUACGGUGAUCACUGCUACCACGAUCAACCUGGAGCGACCAUACCGGAAAUUCAGUGCAGGGACAUCAGCCAAUCGCAACAAGGAUCCCCGAUGAAGCCUCCGUUGGGGAUGAGGCAAGACUCGUAUAGAAGGACACUGGAGUACGUGCAACAGUGUCGAAACUGGUCGGAGAACGCCAGCACUCACGAGACAAACGUCUCUAGCUCAACUCACCCGAUGUCGUUGCCGCAACCACUGCCGACUAGCGCCAAUAUGGUGGUGAACGACAUGUCCUCCUCAUUGAGCUCGUUACUCGAGGAGAACAGAUACUUGCAGAUGAUUCAGUAAACGGUAAAAAGAACUCCUAAACUAUUUUUAUAUUAACGUUGUUUCGACCGGCCGAGCGUUUUUGAAAAGAACUAAUCGAGCUAUUCGCACUUUUGUAUUUUUGAUAAAUAUUGUAUUUUCUAAUGGUAAUGUUAAGGGCCCAACCUAGUUGUUACUUAAAUUAACUUAGCGGAAUUGUAGAUUGUGACCUCACAUGGAUGACGUUCUCGGUGAUUAAUCGUAAUCGAAGUGAUACCGCGCCCGGCGCAGGACAACUCGAGCGUGUUAUCAAUGUCGGCGCCGUGUUGUUUAGAAAAUUGAAUAUCUCUUGUACAAAAAUUCAGGGAGCCUCGG